AUGUCCUUCCGAUCCAAAAUCCCGGAGACGCCCCGCGUCAUCUCGCCGAGUCCCACGCCAUCCGAGCGCGAAGCCGCCGAUUACAUGGGUCCCGUCACACGCUCCGCGGCCCGGAGACGGACACCCACACCCCAGCCGCUUGAGGAAGAGCCCGAUGAGGAUCUACCCGAGCACCCCGAGUUUCGACGCGCCCGAACCCGCAGCCGCUCGCCGAUAGAUACACAGGCAGUGACGCGGUUAACGAAACGCACAAGCACUGCGGGUAAGGCGGGUAAGACAGGAAAGGUGUCCAAAGACACUAUUCCGGAAGAGCCAGCGACGUCAGAUGGGGCGCUCAACGGUAAGAGCAAUGGGAAGUCUUCCACGACAAAUGGCCACCUUGCGCCGCCUCAGCCUACAACACCAACAGGAUGGUCCUGGCGGGACUUCAGUCGUAGUCCCAGUCCCCUGGGCCUGAUUCCCAUCCAUAGGCACUGGAGGACUUUUGUACACAAGCACGAGGUACCCCGCAAAGUGCUUCAUGUGUCGAUCGGCUUCUUUGUCAUAUGGCUCUACGUGACGGGUACUCAGACAAGCUCUGUAACACCCUGGCUCAUGUCAGGUCUUAUCCCUAUCACAACAACCGACUGGCUCCGACACCGAUAUGCGUCGGUUAACCGCUUGUACGUCAGAGUCCUCGGUGCGCUGAUGCGUGAGAGCGAGUACUCUGGCUGGAACGGUGUCAUCUUCUACCUCCUGGGUGCCUGGAUCGUGCUCUACGGCCUCCCUAAGGAUGUCGGCAUCAUGAGCGUUCUCCUGCUUAGCUGGUGCGACACCGCUGCCAGCACCUUCGGCCGACUCUGGGGCCGAUACACUCCCCGUCUGCGCAAGGGCAAGUCUCUUGCUGGCUCGACUGCUGCGUUCCUUGUUGGCGUUGGCACUUCGUACUUCUUCUACGGCUGGCUCGUUCCCACCACAGGUCCCUUCCCUGGUGAUGAGAGCUUCCUCUUCAAGGGUGUUCUGUCACUUCCCAAGACCAUCUGCGAAGCUGUCGGUGUCUCGCAAGAGCAGACGACCAUCUCUGGUGCUGUUGCUCUGGGCGUCAUGAGUGUAUGGUCCGGCUUCGUGGCUUCUGCCAGCGAAGUUGUCGAUAUCUUUGGCUGGGACGACAACCUAACGAUCCCCGUGCUGAGCGGUAUUGGCAUCUGGGGCUUCCUCAAGGUCUUCUCCUAA